AUGGCAAACUUCCACCCAGCCCUCCCAGCACGAAACCCCAACCCACAACUUCACAUCACAUACACAAUAGCGUUCCAUACACCACAGGAGCAGACACCCGCACGCUCAACCAACCAACCAACCAACCCAACCCAAAAAAAAAACGGAACCAGGCCAGGGGAACAGAGAGAAGCUGGGCGGACGGAAAUAUCCGAUUUUCUUCUCUUCGGCUCGCUCUUGCUUUCAGCGCACCUCGGUGAUGAGUAUUUCGCGUGUGUGAUUGGCUGCAGAUAA